CUAUCCGUUACAACUUUUGCUUUUCUACUCAUCAUUUUCGAAAUUCAAAAUUCAAAACCUAAAAAAAAUCUCCAUAGCUGUAGUAAUUAAAGCUCCCCAAUCCCUUCAAAUUCCCAAAUCCCAACGCUUCUCUUUAAUUUUCAGACGCCAUUUUUCUAAAAUUGUCUUCUUUUACUCCUCAAAACAAAACCUUUAUUCGAGCUGCAAAAACUGUACCAGUUCAUCAUUUUUCAAGAAACACGAAACAUGGGUGGUUCAGGGAAGUGGAUUAAAUCAUUAAUCGGUCUAAACAAGAACCAAUCAAAUGAUCCUGAGAAGGGUGGUGUAAAGAACAGAAAAUGGAAGCUGUGGAGGAGUGCAUCGGGUGGAAUUGCUGUGGCGUCGUCGAAAGGUGUAAAAGGUGGUGGCAAUUUGGGAGAUUCAGAUGGAUCUGAGUCUUCAUUUCUGUCAGACAGUGCUUUGGCUGCUGCUAUGGCUGCUGUGGUUAGAGCUCCACAUAAGGAUUUUGUUGUUGUGAAGCAAGAAUGGGCUGCCCUUCGAAUUCAGGCUGCGUUUCGGGGUUUUUUGGCAAGACGUGCAUUAAGGGCGCUGAAGGCAGUAGUUAGGCUACAAGCUAUAUUUCGUGGGCGACAGGUUAGACAGCAAGCUGCUGUAACCCUCAAAUGUAUGCAGGCUCUUGUUCGAGUGCAAGCUCGAGUUAGAGCCCGAAACAAUCAAACAUCCAUUGAUGGAGACGCGAUGAAAGGGUCUGAUGCUGAUAACUGUAGCCAAGCUGAUCCAAUUAAGCAAGCUGAGAGUGGAUGGUGUGAUAGCCCUGGCACAGUGGAUGAAGUGAGGUCUAAGUUAAAAAUGAGACAAGUAGGAGCAAUCAAGAGGGAGAGGGCCAUCACAUAUGCCCAACAGAAACUGAGAACAAAUCCCAGCCUGAAUUCAAGAACAAGGAAAGUGGAAACCCCUAAUAAGAUCAAGGCUAAUGGGAAUUCAACUUGGUUAGAACGUUGGAUGGCGAAUAAGCCAUGGGAAAACAGAUUGGUGGAUGAAUUCCAUACUGAUGCAUCGGGGAUGACCCCGAAUUCUAGGAAACAUGAAGAUUAUGAUGCUGGAUCUUUCACUGAGCGUAGUUCGGUGAACAUUAGAAGGAAUAACAUGUCUACAAGGAUAUCUACAAGAGGACCAAUAAGUUGUCAAAUUGUCAAUUCAUCUUCUGAGUAUUAUCCGUAUGAUGAUAGUACGACUUCUCAUUCUUCCAUGUCAACUUCUGAAACUCUCGGAUCAAAUCAGACUCCUCCAGAAGAGGGACAUAGCAAGAAACCGAAUUACAUGAAUCCUACGGAGUCUAUUAAGGCAAAGGUUAAGCAGAGGAAUUCAAGUUAUUUGUCUCAGAGUAUGCAAAGGAAUUCAGCUGAUAACUUACAAUUGCAUAGGAAAUCAAGUCCACUUUCGAGGUCAAUAGCAAGGAGAAGUGCUGAUUGUGAUCUUUAUUCAGUUGAUCUGUGUAAGGAUCUCUACCCUCCCUCAAAUGCAUUUUAAACAACUAAACUGGAAGACGAGGGUGAUUGAUGAAAGGGGUUUCGUUGGUGAAUUUUGUUUGUCCAUUUAGCUCAACAACUUGUUGUGUCUUGAUAGUGAAAGGAGUUAAUUUGUUUACAGAAUUUUAGUCUUUACCAAUACAUUAUGCAUUAGGUGAGAUUUUACCAGCAGGUGACAGUUUCCUCUGGAAAGUUGAUUUAUACAAGGUGUCAAGAAUGUUUUUAAUGUAUUAUAAUACUGUGUGCAAUUGGAUGGUUGUUUGUGAGUUUCUGUUGGUCUCUGGUGUAAAUAAUUUGAUGAAUGUAUUCUGCCUAUUAAAGCAAUUUAAAGAGUUCUCCGGCUA